UAAUCUUCCGCAAUUGUAAGGAAGCCUGCUGCUUUUUGAAUCACGGAGCAUUUGGAGCUGCCCUGAAACCAGCAUUACGCACAAUUCAGUUGUGGCAAGAUCAUGUUGAAAAGCAGCCAUUGAGAUUUUAUGAUCGAGAGCUCCUGCCAUUGCUUGUCCACGUGUGCCGACGACUGGCAGAUUUUGUUGGCUGCGAUGCAAGAGAUCUUGUUCUAAUCAACAAUGCUACCUUUGGGACCAAUUCCGUCCUCAAUAACCUCUCUUUUGUCCCUGGUGAUGUCAUCCUCACCUUUAACACAACGUAUGGUGCUGUAAAAAAACUAGUACAACACAUCUGCUCCAAGACAGGUUGUGUGAACAGGGAAGUGGUUAUUCAGUUCCCAGUCUCAGGGAAAGAGGAGCUCUUAGAACGGCUGGAAUCUGAACUGAAGAAAGAUGAUGUAAAACUGGUGGUCAUCGAUCAUAUUCCAAGCAACACUCCAGUUGUUAUGCCUGUGGAAGAAAUGGUUCAGAUGUGCAGAAAAAGAAAUGUUCUCUCUUUCAUUGAUGGAGCACAUGCUUUGGGUUCACUGGAAUUUAAUAUUUCGGCAAUCGAUCCAGAUUUUUAUGUGUCCAAUGCACAUAAAUGGUUGUCAUGCCCGAAAGGAGCUGCUUUCCUGUACGUGAAAAAAAGCUGGCAAGAGAUGAUUAGACCAGCAGUAAUUUCCCAUGGAUUAGGCUCUGGCUUCAGUUCAGAGUUUAUAUGGUCAGGUCUUCAUGAUUACAGCCCCAUGUUGUCUCUGCACACGGUACUUGACUUCUGGCUGGCCGUUGGACCACAGAAUAUUCGAACAUAUAUGCACAAGAUGGCUCAAGAAGGAGCUUCUGUUUUAACCAAGUCUUGGGAGACCCGGUUGGCCGCUCCUGCUGAAAUGUUUGGUUCCAUGGUCCUAGUCGAACUGCCAGCAAGUAUUCACUCCAUGUUUCAGACUUUGGAUUACUCUGCAGCUGAAAGUAUUCAGAACAGCCUGUACCACGAUUACAACAUUGAGCAGAAGGACAAGAUGUUCCUAAUCGCAUCAGAUGUGAGGGUUGCCGUCGCUCACUUAGUACAUCAAACAUACAUUCCCGAAGAGACCUUAUCCAUCCUGAUAGAUGCCCAAUGCUUAUGCCUGAAAAUUUGUUCCCACCGCAAAACCAACAGACAGGAUCUGCCCCUGCCAAACCAAGUCUCAAUUAUCUCAAUGUGCAAACAAGAGGAAGUGACAGACGUAUGGACCAAUCCUGGAGAGUACAGUCGUUUUGUGAAUUGGAACGGGCCUCAGGAUUGCUAACUGACCCAGAACAAGCAGCAAGUCUAGCCAGAGAUGGCUUAUACUUUACCGG